AUGGAUAUUGAGAGCGACUCUCCCGCUGGGGAGGCUACUUUGCACGGACUUGAUAGCGGCCAACCGCCGCCGAUGGGGAGGGAGAGCCCGCCCUCGUUCCGGGAUACUCUUAUGGGAAGUGCGCAACAGACUCCGGUCAGGGAGGUGGAGGAUCUAUGGAAGACAGGGAAGAUGACAGUGGCUUAUGUGAAUGGUGAUCGACAGUUGCCGAAACUCUUUGUUGACAGAUCAGUUAUCGAGGGUAUGUGCUCGCCUUGGAAGGAUGCGCUAGUGGUGAAUCUACUGGGGAAGCGACUGGGAUAUCGAAUUAUGAAGACCAAACUUAGUAAUCUUUGGCGGCUGUCAGGGGACUUUGCUCUACUAGAUGUUGAUAAUGGAUUUUUCUUGGUGAAGUUUGACCAGGAAGAGGACAAGAGGAAGGUGAUUGACGGGGGUCCAUGGAUGAUUUUUGAUCAUUAUCUAGCUGUUGCAACCUGGAACAGAUCUUUCAUUUGUCCAGUAGCACAAAUCACAACGACAUUGGCUUGGAUUCGCAUACCGGGCUUGAAUGUGACCUACUAUAAUGAGAGCUUCCUUUUGUCAUUGGCUAAGCUGAUAGGGAAACCUAUAAAGGUUGAUAGGAACACGCUGAAUGCAGAGCGAGGCAGGGAGUGCCAGAAGCCGCCUGCAGCAGCAAGCUCCCCGCCGCCGAAACAACCUGAGGUGGUGGAGAGGAUUACAUCAACGGCUGCCGUGACUACAGAAACCCUAGCGCCGACUCAACAGGCAAUUCCAGUUGAGGAAACCCCUAAGAAACCGGAUGGAAUCGAUCCCACAAUUGUGGUUGUUGCGGAUCCUCAGGCUUCAAAGGAGGGUGGAGUUAAGGAGGUGGACCCCGCUGUGCUUGAGGUGGCAGGGGAUUGGCUAACGGUGAAAUACAAAAAGAAGAAAAAGUCAAAUGCCCCCACUUCCCUGGGAUCUGGUGCGCCGCCAAAGGGGAAUAUUCCCCCAAGUAAUCAGCGCCAGCACGUGCAGAUGAGAGAGGGGGAGCAGAUUGCGCUAUCUUCCAAGACUUUCCCAAUUUUUAGUGCCAAUGUUGUGGGGCCCAGCGAAGAUUCCACUUUAACUCAGAAAAAAAGGAAAAUUGGGGAUUCCGUGAAGAACAAGAGUGGGCCAGGGAAGGGUGGGUCCUCUACCAUGUUCAAGGGUAAAGACACCACGCGGAAACUGGACCAAGGAAGCGUGCACCCUCAAGGCAUACUCUCUGGUGCUCGAGACUUGGGAAAUGGUGGAAAAUUAUUGGGCUCAACUAAUUCAGAGCUUGUGCAUGCCAUUGGCUCAUCAAACUUCAUGGAGGUUUUACAGAGGCAUGAGGAUCAAAUGCAGGGAGGUGGGGUGUUUCAUGCGAAGCCACCUAACCAGCAUUAA